UGGUUCAACCUAAUACUUUAAUUCCCUUAUCCACUACAUCUUCCUCCUCCUCCCCAUUCUCGCUUUCCUUUGAUGACAUUGUCUUUCAUAACAUUAUUGGUUCUUCUUUUCACCAGAAAUCAUAACCCUCAAAUAAGGCAUGUGGUUGCCCAUAAUCUUGUCUUUUUUAUUUUUACUUAAAUCUUAAAUCUGGACACUAGCUAUCUCCUCAAUUUUUCUAUUAAAAGAAACUACUUUCUUUGAUUAUUGUAAAUUAUCCUACAAAGAGAACAUCAAAAUAAAAACCUUUUUCCUUCUCAUAUACUCUCCUCAAUUUCUUUAUUUUUCUCUUUCUCCCACUUUUGUCAUUCUCUAUAAGCCUCUUAAUAUCUUUCUUCCAUCUAAAUUUCACGCUUAAAAAAUGAUUGAACUAGGCACCUUAAUUCACCUAUCCUCCAUAUUCGCAUCCUCUCCUUCCUCUUGGCCCACAAUCUUAUUUCUUACUUGACUUAAACUUCACUGUUCAUUUUGUCCUUCACUCUUUAUAUCACUUUCAAUAUCUUUCAACCAUUACAAAUAUCAACUUGGUACCUUGAUUCCCUCAUCCUCCACCUCUUCUUCCUCUCACUACCCCACCUCUCAUAAUUCUACAACUUUUUUCCCUUGAAAUUGUGGGACCACACUUUUUCUCUCUCCCUUGUGGACCCUACUAAUCUCGAUUAUCUUAAAUAAAUAGAACUACUCUCUUAGAAAACAAAACUACUUCAUUCUCAUUAACAAACACACUCUCUCUAUUUCUUUGUCUUUGUAUUUUUUCUUCAUUCAACAUCCUUUAUCCAUCUCAGAUCUGACUACAUCUUUCUCACCCGUCAACAAUGGUUAACCCAAGUACUAUAACUCCCCCAUCCUCCGAAGAACACACUUUUCAUAAUGCUAUUGAAUCUUCCUCUCACCAAAUACCACCAUCCUCAAACAAGAGUCGUGGUAGGCCCCUUGGAUCCAAGAACAAGCCAAAAAUACCCCUCGUUAUUAACCAAGAUAGCGAUCUUGCCUUGAAACCCAUCUUCAUUCAAGUCCCGAAAAAUUCUGAUGUUAUUGAGGCCGUGGUCCAAUUUGCGCGCCAAUGUCAAGUUAGCAUCACAGUGCAAAGUGCAUCUGGGUCUAUCUUGGAAGCCACUCUCUGCCAAACUCUUCCUGACACUUCUACUUUCGUUGUUUUUGGACCCUUUACUUUGAUUUCCCUCACCGGAACAUACAUUAAUAAUAACUGUUCUUUUAGGAUUUCCUUUUGUUCAAAUUUAGGUCAAAGCUUUACUGGAAUUGUUGGAGGAAAGAUUAUUGCAGGCGAUGAUGUUAAUGUGGUGGUUACUAUUCUCAAAGAACUUUGAGAAUCACAAGGCUGGUAUCAAAGGUGCUGGUGAGGAAAGGGAUAGUAGCAAGAAACCUUAUGCAUGUCAUCUAGAUGACAAGUAGAAUAUGUUUAGGUUCAGUUAUUGUUGUUUGAUUUAAUUUACCUGCUUUUUUUUUUCUUUUUUUGUUUUUUCUUUUACUAUUUCAUGUAUUUGUACCUUUACCAGAAAAAGAGAUUAUGAGUUUAAGAAAUCACAACAAUCUUAUUCAACUGUUGUUUAUUA